AUGUUCGUGGUCGCAAUGAGAAUGGCUCAAAGCGUUGCGGUCGUCCUGCGGUUUGAAUUAAUGUUAUAGGCCUUUCAUCGCUGUCUGAUAUACAGUUUUUACGUGUCUGCGUCUCUCUGUUCCCUCACCGGCGAGGUCAGAGAAACGUGGAAAUAGCACGUAAACAUGAGAGAGACGUCAAGAGAUAAGGAGGGCGCAGAGAAGCCCUUUCAAGUCACGAAAAACGGACUAUACAACUAGGAAAAUUUUGGCUGGAAAAAGAGCUUCAAAUCUUUUUUUUAAAAGUACUCUUGGCAGUUUUGGCGCAAGUCGUUUUGAGUCGGGCACAGCCUUGAUGUAACUUGGGCAUUUUUUGAUGCGACCAGGGAGUUUAAAGUCGCAGUGAAUGUUCUAAGAGCACUUCCAAAAACUUUUGAAAAAAGCGAUCUUUCCAUGAGAUUCCCUACCUAUAGGUAAGAACAGGUAAAGAUCAAGGUGAAACCCGGGGAAUUCCUCUGCUUCUCUGCCCCCUCCACCAUCUGUCAGCAGGUGUUCGAUCCCCACGGCGACACCAGCCGGCCGGUUGGUCCGGUCGGUCACCUCCGUUGACCAUUUUUGGCUUUUCUCUGCCGGCCCUGCGUCUCUCCGCUUUCGCCCUGUCUCUCGCCCCCCACCGGCCGCCUCUGUCUUGGCCGUGUACGUUUGUAUUGUCGUCCUGUGUUAG